AUUGUGACAGUGGAGCCCAGUUUGCACUGCAGGAUCCAGAGAUGGCAUCAGUGAAGCUGGAAGACUGCAGUCAAACACUGGAGCUGAAUGCCAACAUUAAAGAUGAAGAAGAGGAGGAGGAGAUUGGGGAAUCUGUUAGUCAUGGACGACUAGAAUUAAGUCUGAAGCCGGUAACAUCCACACUGAUUCCAAACCUACAGUCACUAGGUCCUGAUUGUGACAGUGGAGCCCAGUUUGCACUGCAGGAUCCAGAGAUGGCAUCAGUGAAGCUGGAAGACUGCAGUCAAACACUGGAGCUGAAUGUCAACAUUAAAGAUGAAGAAGAGGAGGAGAAGAUUGGGAAAUCUAUUUCUCAUGGAGACCAUGUUGAGACAUUCUCUACAUCCAGAGAGCAUCAGCAGGAAGAUCACAGAGCUAAGAGGUCUCACCACUGCCCACAUUGUGAGGAGACUUUCCCAAUUCUAUCAAAGCUAAAAAUACACCUAAAAAUACACACAGGAGAGAAUCCGUAUUCCUGUACUGACUGUAGGAAGAGAUUCAAAACAUCAAGGAAUCUGACAGUUCAUCAGAGUGUGCACAAUGGAGUGAAGCCUUACUCCUGCUCUGACUGUGGGAAGAGUUUUUCUCGAAUGAACUUCUUAAAAACACAUACACGUAGACAUACAGGACUGAAGCCUUACUCCUGCUCUGAAUGUGUAAAAUUCUUCACAACAUCAGCUGAGCUAAAAGUUCAUCAGAGAACACACACAGGAGAGAAGCCUUACUCCUGCUCUGACUGUGGAAAAAGUUUCUCUCAACUGAUUCUCUUAAAAAGACAUGGACGUAUACAUACAAGAGUGAAGACUUACUCCUGCUCUGAUUGUAUAAAAUGCUUCACAACAUCAGGUCAGCUAAAAGUUCAUCAGAGAACACACACAGGAGAGAAGCCUUUCUCCUGCUCUGACUGUGGAAAGAGUUUCUCUCUACUGUGCAACUUAAAAACACAUGAACGUGUACAUACAGGAGAAAAGCCUUACUCCUGCUCUGACUGUGGAAAGAGCUUCUCUCUACUGUGCAACUUAAAAACGCAUGAACGCAUACAUACAGGAGUUAUUUCUCACCGCUGAUCUGACUCUAGAAACUGUUUUAAAACAACAGCUGAGCUAAAAGGUCAUCAGAGACAGACACAGGAGAGGAACCUGACUUCUGCUCUUAAUGUGGCAAGAGUAACUCAAGUGAAAGUCACCAAGUAGAAUACCACUUGAGUAAAAGUAUUUGGUUUUAAAUAUACUUAAGUAUCAAAACUAAAAUUAUGAAUCAUUUCAAAUUCCUUAAAUUAACCUCUACGGGAUGGGUGUUCCUAAAAUAGGACAGUUGCUAAUGUGACUAUAAUGACAUUGUAUUCAACAGCUAACUUUCUGGGACAUAGACAUGUCUUUUAUAUGGGCAAAAAGAUUAACAAGAAUUUAAGCAAACUUCAGUGUCAAAUUAAAAGUAGCUAUUACAGUGAAAAAAUACCAUGCUUGUGUUUGAGUAAAGGGUAAAACAACAACUUAUCACUGCAACUGGUUUGAUACAUUCAAACCAGUUGAUUUGUCAUCCUUAGGGUCCCAGAGAUCAAAUGCAGCAUAGUUUUUUGUUUGAUAAAAUCCAUUUUUAUGUGAAAUGUAGGAACUGGGUUCUACAUUUUUGAACCCCUGUUGUCUCUGGCUCCACACCUACUCCGCCAGACCAUCUAGAUGUGUGAAAGUUAGUGUAUAAGCUAAUGAUCCAUCAUGUAUGAAAUUCCUGUCAGUGUGUAAACUUAAAUGUUUUAUCACCCUACCAUUUUUAUAUGUUCUCUAUAGUUUUGUACUUAAAUGUAUCAAUUGACUAAUUCAGGACAUUUGGGGAAACUCCUGGCAGACUUGAAACAGUGCAGUAAUGUAAUUCUUCACUGGAUCAGUCAAACUUUUCACACACUGCUGCCAUCUGGUGGCCAAAAUCUAAAUUACAUCUAGACUCCUAUCUGAAAGUAUGUCCUUUCUUGCAUUUCAAAGUUAAUGAAAAAAGAAAAAUGUUUUGUUUGUAUGAUUUUACCAGAUCUAAUGUGUUAUUCUCCUACAUUAAUUUCACAUUUCCACACACUUCAAAUUGUUUAAUUUCAAAAGAUAUCAAAAAAUAUGCAUGUCUUUGCUUCAGGUGCUGAGCUUCAGGCAGUAAGAUUUGGGUCAUUUUAGGUGGAAAUGUAAAGAAAAUAAAAAGGUACAAUCCUGAAGAGGUUUUUAGCGAACUAGUGAGUCUGCCAGAUCAGAGGCAGUAGGGAGGACCAGGGAUGUUCUCUGUUUAGUGAGUCUGCCAGAUCAGAGGCAGUAGGGAGGACCACGGAUGUUAUCUUGAUAAGUGUGGGAAUUUGACCAUUUUCUGUCCUGGUAAUCAUAUAAAAUGUAACUAGUAUUUUUGGGUGUCUGGGAAAAUAUAUGGAGUAAAAAGUAAAAUUUGGGCAGGGGAAUUUGGUGAAAUAAAAGUAAAAAUUGUCAAAAAUAUAAAUAGUUAAGUACAGACACCAAAACUUAAGUAAAAGUGAUUUAAAGAACUACUUAAGUACUUUACACCACUGCAUGUAUCCAUGCCGUGUGUCAGCAUUGCAGGCUAGUGGUGUGAUGGUUGGGGUGUGUUUUCAGGGCACAUAUUGGGCCCCUUGAUAAAAGAUGAGCAAUGUUUGAAUGCCACAGGAUAUCUAAACAUCAUGGCCAAUCAGGUGCAUCCCUUCAUGGCAGCAGUUUAUCCCUCCCACAAGGCUUGUCCAGGAAUGGUUCCAAUAACAUCACACUGAAUUCACAGUAAUUGUGCAUCUGUGGGAGGAGAUGGAACGAGCUAUUUAGAGUAGAUACACUCCCAGCCAACUUGACACAAUAUUAGGAAGCAUUGGAGUCAACAUGGACCAGCAUCUCUGUGUUCUGA